AUGGCUUCAAAUGCUAUUUUGUUCAUCACUCUAGCCCUCUUCAAUUUCAGUUGCAUUUCCUUGGCCUUCGACCCUCGUCCUCUUCAAGAUUUCUGCGUUGUAGAUCCCACGGGCACUGCAACAUGCAAGGACCCAAAAACCGUUACUGCCAACGACUUCUUCUUCAAUCUGGGUCCAGGAAACACUUCUAACUCAUACGGCGCCGGUGCCACCUUCGCGUCCCCAGCCACGGUGCCGGGAUUCAAUACUCUCGGCCAGGUAUUUGUGCGCGCAGAUUUCAGGCCGAAUGGCUACACCCCGCCGCACACCCACCCCAGGGCGUCGGAACUCAACUAUGUUUUGGAGGGUAUGAUUGAGGUCGGAUUCAUAACCUCGUACCCAGACUACACAAGUUAUAGCAAAAUUCUAAAAGCAGGUGAUGUCUUCAUCGUCCCUGUCGGCCUUAUUCACUACGUGCGGAAUUUGGCGAAAACAAACAGUGUGGUAUUGGUGGCGUUUAACAGCCAGAAUCCCGGCUCUAUUUUUAUCCCCGACAGUGUUUUCGCGGCCAAGCCCCCCAUCAACAGCCGUUAUCUGGCCGGAGCAUUUAAGCUGGACGAGAAUACUAUCAAAGAUUUGCAGACAAAGCCAUGGUAUAGGUUUGUGUAA